AUGGCAAUAGAUUCUACACAUUAUAUCAGAUUGCAGUUAGUAAAAGAAGACAAAGAUUCAAAACUCAGAAGUAGUAUUUCGAGUCCGCCAUUAGGAUGCAGAGAAAGUUCAUUAUUGAGAAAAAUAGGGAUCCAUGUCUAUUUCAAGAAAGAGCUUGAUCAACAUAUGAAUAGCAUCCAAGCACGCGGUGUGAUUUAUACUCUGCUACAGCUAACUAAUAAGCAGAAACGCAACGGUGUCAUAGCAAUCUCAACGGGAUAUUUCGCUCAAACUCUUUGUUAUUUUGGACAGAAGUUUAGAGUACCAGUGACAGUAGUGAUGCAGAAAUCAACGGCACAGGAAAUAGUUGAUAAGUGUCAAUAUUUGGGAGCAACAGUAAUUGCUCAGGGUGACAAUAUAAUAGAAGUACAUAAUAUCGCUUUGCAAAUUGCCAGGACAAAAGGUUUAUGUUACCUUGACGGAAACGAUCAUCCAAAUAUGAUUAUUGGCCAAGCUACUUUGGGCCUAGAAAUUUUUGAACAAUUAGAUUUUGAAAAGAAAAUUGAUGCAGUGAUAUUGCCGACGACGAUCGAUGCUUGUGGAGUAACCAUGACUAUUGCUAUCGCUAUCAGAAACUGGAAUCCAAAUAUAAAAAUUAUCAAUGUAUAUGUAGGAUAUAAAAAUUUUCUUAAAGACAUAAGGUUAUAUUUGUUCGAUCGAGUUGUUCUGGUACCUGAAACACUUGUUCAAAAAGCUGCCAAUUUUCUACUAACAAAAGAAAAUUUCAAUGAUUAUUACGCAGCGAUCGCUUUAGCUGGAAUUCUAACUGGUAACCUGCACGAUUUAAUAAAAGAAAAAAGUGUGCUGAUACCUCUAUUUGGCAAAAAGGAUAACUCUAACAACUUCAUGGAUAAAUCAAGUUUGCAGCCUGAUUCUUCCUCUUAA